GAAACAUUCAAGAGAAAACCAAAUCCGACCAUGGAUGCUUAUGCAUUAAGUGCGAGCUCUCUUGUUCUUUCAAACGAGUUUGAGAUGCACGAUUUCAUUGAGGACCCUAACUUCAAUCAAUUCGUUGAGUUGAUUCGAGGGGAGAAUGAGAAUUCUUAUGCUUGUUCCAAUUUUGGGCUUAUCAAUAACAUUGGAUGUUUUGUUGAUAAGCAGAUUGCCUCGCCUAUACCCGGGGAUGUGUUUGAUUUUAAUGCUUCCGGAGGAAGUAUGGUGCCUGAUACUAAUUGCAUUUUCAGUACAAUGCCAAGUUUUAAUGGGGAAAUGAAUGAAGAGGAGGAAGAUGAUGAUGAUGAUGAUGAUGAGGAGUCUUCUGGGACAACUACCACAACCACAGCGGAAACCAAGAAGAAGAAGGUUGAUCGCACCAAGACUCUCAUCUCGGAGAGGAGGAGGAGGGGGAGGAUGAAGGAGAAGCUCUAUGCAUUGAGAUCUGUGGUUCCUAAUAUAACCAAGAUGGACAAGGCCUCUAUCAUUGGAGACGCUGUUCUGUAUGUGCAAGACCUGCAAAUGCAAGCGAGGAAGCUAAAAGCCGAGAUCGCAGGUCUAGAAGCAUCUCUGGCUGUCUCAGAAAGAUAUCAAGAAUCGAUGGAUACCCCUCCUAAGAACAUACAGUUUGCUAAGAACAGACAGCCAGUUUGCAAAAAGAUCAUGCAGAUGGAUGUUUUUCAAGUCGAAGAAAGAGGGUUUUACAUUAAACUGGUCUGCAACAGAGGAGAAGGAGUGGCAGUGUCGCUCUAUAAAUCUGUGGAGUCUCUUACCAACUUCAAAGUUCAAAAUUCAAAUUUAGCUACUGUUUCUGAUACAUUUGUAUUAACAUUUACUCUUAACGUCAAAGACUCCGAGCAGGCCAUUACCUUGUCAAAUUUGAAGCGAUGGAUGACUGGAGCUCUUCUCAAUCAAGGGAUAAACCUGCUACUCGAAACCUGGUCAAGGACCAGCGGACCAGGAGUUCAGCUCCACACCCACAGUAGAUUGAGUUUUAACAGUUUAACAGCUGAACAAUGCACAGAUCAUAAAUUAGAUCAAAACUAAUAUCUCAUUUGUGCCUUGCACCAUUAUCAUCACGAGGUAGGAUAAACCUGCUACUCGAAAUCUGGUCAAGGACCAGCCGACCAGGAGUUCAGCUCCACACCCGCCGUAGAUUGAGUUUUAACAGUUUAACAGCUGAACAAUGCACAGAUCAUAAAUUAGAUCAAAACUAAUAUCUCAUUUGUGCCUUGCACCAUUAGCAUUUUUGUGACACCUUAACUUAACCCCAUAAAUUGCCGAACCUGGAAACUGGUACUCGGAAAUCCAUUGUCUGAUUGUCUGAUUGUCUGAUUGUCCCUUUUCGGCCGACAAGUCAAGAAGUCUACUGUUCUAUUGUCGGAGAAUUGACUAAUAUGAGAAACAGAUUGUUUUUCUUUGCUGGAUAAUAGUAUAAUCAUUAUUCCAAACCU